ACCCCCCUCUGAACCACCAGCGUGAGCCGCGCUCGGUACCGACUCCCUGAAGCAGGCCACCCGGCUCUCACCCCCCUGUUCGUUUUAGGUUUCCCUUAGUCCUGAGCGGUACUGAGCCCAUGCUUAGGCUCCGCUUACUAACGUGGGACGUGAAGGACACGCUGCUGCGGCUGCGGCAGCCGGUGGGUGAGCGCUAUGCGGCCGAGGCCCGGGCUCGGGGGGUCCAGGUGCAGCCAGAGGCUCUCGGUCGGUCGUUUCGGGAGGCGUAUGGAGCCCAGAGCCGGCAUUUCCCCAACUACGGCCGGGGCCAGGGGCUCAGCUCCCGGCAGUGGUGGGUCGAUGUUGUGAAGCAGACCUUCAGGCUCUCAGGCGUGCACGAUGAUGGAGUCCUAACACUGAUGGCAGAAACCCUCUACCAUGACUUCUGCAGCGCCUGUAACUGGGAGGUGCUGCCGGGAGCCCACGAGACCCUGAGCCAGUGUUGCCAGCGUGGCUUCCACAUGGGGGUUGUUUCCAACUUUGAUAACCGGCUGGAAAAUAUCCUCUCCCAGUGCAAUCUGAGGCACCACUUUGAAUUCAUCCUCACCUCCGAAGACGUGGGCUUUGCCAAGCCAGACGGGAGGAUCUUUGAGAAAGCCCUGCGCCUUGGCAGGGUCACCCCGGAGCAGGCGGCUCAUAUCGGGGACGACUACACCCGGGAUUACCAGGCAGCCCGAGCCGUGGGCAUGCACAGCUUUCUGCUCCGGGUGGCUGGGCAGGGUGAGGAGACACAGGUACCCCCCGAGCACGUCCUGCCCGCGCUCAGCCACCUCCUGGCUCUGAUUGAGAAGGGGUAGCUGUGUUUCAGGGGAGCAGUGCUGCUGCCAAGCAGUGAACCAGUCCUGGCCUGUGAUUUCUUGCUGAUUGGGCAGGGAAAGAAGGGAGCACUUCUGAGCACAGGGAACAGUGCUGCCUGCGGAGCAAUAAAAUGCAUCUGAUGCUCA